AUGCCUUCUGUCUAUGCCCUUAAGGAAAAAGCUCUACCGCUUUCAAAAGAAGUUUGCCUCACCGGUCUGGACGUGGUGCGCAGUCGUGCCGACAAAAACCUGAUCACUCACACGUACGGGAGAGCCCUGGUGGAGAGGAAGUGCUGGAGUCCAGAGAGUGCUGAGGGUAAACCCAUGGGCUUGGAAUCGAAGUACAAGCACCUGUUGGAGCUGUUAAGGAGGACAGCGGUUCACGGUGAGAGUAACUCUUUGCAUAUCAUCGGUCCAUGUGGAUCUGUUAAAACCAUGCUGCUACGUUGUGCUCUGAGAGAGCUGCUGGACUUGCAGGAGGUGAAGAUGAAUGUCCUGCAGGUUCACCUGAGCAGUCUGCUGCAGAUGGACGACCGGAUCGCUCUGAGAGAGAUCACACGCCAGCUUCAACUGGAGAACGUCGUAGGAGACAAAGUGUUGGGCCCGUCUGUCUACCUGUCUGUCUUCCUCCCUGUCUGUCUGUCUGCAGGUGAUAAAAGCAGCAGUCAGCCAGUGUUCUUCAUCCUGGAAGAGUUUGAUCUGUUUGCUCAUCAUAAGAACCAGACGCUGCUGUACAACCUGCUGGAUGUUUCUCAGUCUGCUCAGGCUCCUGUAGCUGUGGUGGGACUCACCUGCAGACUAGACGUUCUUGAGCUCUUGGAAAAGUGUGUGAAGUCUCGUUUUUCCCACAGACAGAUUCACCUGUUGAGUUCUCUGACUUUCCGUCAGUAUCGAGACGCCUUUCGGUCCGAGCUCACGCUGCAGGAUGACUUCCCCGACAGCAAGUUCUCUCAGGAGUGGAACCUCUGCGUCUCGGUACGACACACCGCAUCACGAACCUGA